UCUGUGGCCCAGCGAUAGAGCAGCAAAACUGUUUGGAAUGUUUUGAUCUUGAAUGUAACAGCGUCUUUAAGUGGCCAACCACCGCCCCAAGCCAAACAAUCCAGCACAGUCAUCCACCCAUCCUCUUUUGAUAUCGAUCGAUCGAUCCAAGGGGACGGAAUCGUUCGGUCACGUGCGACCAUGGCAGUGGUGUUCGAUUGUUGUCCGAUCCGAUUCAAUCCACCCAAAGCGAGAAAGGUCAGUGUACGACUCCCGGAAAGUGUGCGUGAUUCGUGUGACCACCACCCGAUUGCAUGCGUGCGUGACUGGCGUCGUGCGUUCCAAUGCACAAUUUCCGGGAAAAAGUGAUAAUUACGUUUCCGAUGCACCGAAUGCACCGGGAAGAUAAUUACCCGACGCGCUGUCGUGUUUAUUUACAUAAGCGAUAAGAAACGAUCGGCCUUUGUUUGCUACAACCAAUGGGACAUUCUCUCAUUCUCGCAAACACGUUAAACGACUCGUCCUUCUGCAGCCAAUUGUUACACCCAUCGCUUUAACCUAUCGAAAAGGCAGUAAAAUGUGGUUAUAAAGUGUGUGGAACCGACCCGAGCAAUCUACGGAAUCGUAAACAGAUGACCAAAAGUUGCCAACUCUGCUACUGGGCGGUGGGCGGUUCUAGUCCCCGAUAUACGGCCCGUGCACACCCACCAACGUGUGGCAACAACCAUGUACGAACCAUCGGAUGCCAUUCAAUUUUGGCCACUGCCCGGCUCUCCCCACACGGAAAGCAAUCUAGUAACCCGAACUACACACAACAGAAAACAGAGGGAAGUACACACAUGGUCAGGGUCAUGAUCAUCGCAAUAUAUGGGACCAUGGGAACCGGGGCAAAUUAAAUCCACGAACGGAACAUCCACUCACAAAAUAUGGCGCACCAACUGUCCAUCCGUCUAUGCAGUGUUGUCGAUCAUGCGAACAGUAUCAGUGCACUAUAUAAAGAAGCAGUAUCCUCAUAUCGCAGCACCCAAAGUCUAGUCGCAAGCAGUUCCAACAAUGAGUUUCACCACGUUCCAAACCGAAGUUCUUGAGCGUCACAAUGUGUAUCGAGCGAGACAUUCGGCACAGCCAUUAGUGCUUGACGCGGCCAUAUGCCAGUAUGCUCAGCAGUGGGCAAACUACCUGGCAAGCAGAAAUGUUAUGCAGCAUCGCACCAACAACAAGUACGGCGAGAACCUGUACGCAUGUUUCGGCAAAACCAAUAUCACUGCCCAGGAGCCAGUUGACUCGUGGUACAACGAGAUCAGUUACUACAGAUUUGGCGCUGCUCAGCCGUCAAACUUCAUGCAGGUUGGCCACUUCACGCAGGUGGUAUGGAAGAAGUCGCGCAGACUGGGCGUUGGCGUUGCUGUGCAGGGAAAGAAUGUGUACGUCGUCUGCAAUUACGAUCCUCCGGGCAACUUUGGCAACGAGUAUCCGGCCAAUGUAACCCGUUCGUGAGGCGCAGGCGGAAGCAGAUGUUCGAUGGGAAAUAAAAGCC